CUCAUUUCCGUUCCGUUUUCUCGACUCUCUCUCCAACGCCCCACCCCCACCCUUCCUUAUACGAGACGCUCGUCGCCCUCACUUCGGUUGUUUCUCGACUUGUCUCCUCCUCCUCCUCCGCCUCAUUCUCCACCCCACGAGGCCCGAGCUCCGCGUCUCGUCGAUUGCCGGUCUCUUAGAUUCCCAUAGAUCGACGCCGAUCCGCGACUACGGUCGCGAGGCUAGGGCAUGGAGCCUGUCUUCAUCGGGGCUUAGCAAGUCGCCGUGAUCCGUUUUCUCGGGCGGCAAGGCUAGGGCAUGGAGCCGGUCUUCGUCGGGGCUUAGCAAAUCGCGGUGAUCCGUUUUCUCGGGCGGCACUAUGUUGGAGGCGCACGUUCUCUAUCUGCUUCGGAAAUAUUUGGGAGAAUAUGUUGAGGGGCUUUCUGUUGAAGCUCUUAGAAUAAGUGUUUGGAAAGGUGAUGUUGUUCUUAAGGAUUUGAAACUGAAGGCCGAGGCAUUGAAUUCUUUGAGGCUUCCUGUAAUUGUCAAAGCUGGAUUUGUUGGAACAAUAACAUUAAGGGUACCUUGGAAAAGCCUUGGAAAGGAACCUGUCAUUGUUCUUAUUGAUCGUGUUUUUCUUCUUGCUCAUCCUGUUCCUGAUGGGCAAACUCUCAGGGAUGAAGAUAGAGAAAAGCUUUUCCAAGCUAAACUGCAGCAAAUCGAGGAGAUGGAAUUGGCAACCAUUGAAGCAACCAGGAGAUCGAGAACAGGAAGUGCACCUGGUGGGAACUCAUGGCUGGGAUCUCUUAUAGCAACUAUAAUUGGCAAUCUUAAAGUUACUAUCAGCAAUGUUCAUAUCAGAUAUGAGGACACUAUCAGUAACCCAGGGCAUCCAUUUUGUACUGGGUUUACGUUAUCAAAGCUUGCUGCUUUUACAAUGGAUGAACAGGGUAAUGAAACAUUUGAUACUAGUGGUGCUCUUGAUAAACUGCGGAAGUCAUUACAACUUGAGAGGCUGGCCAUAUAUCAUGAUUCUGACAGCUUUCCAUGGAACCUCAAUAAGAGAUGGGAGGAUUUGACCCCUAAGGAAUGGACCGAGAUAUUCCAAGAAGGGAUUAAUGAACAUUCUAGAGAUGAAGUUGCCAUCCGGGCAUUGAAUCGUAGGUACCUAGUAUCACCUAUUAAUGGAGUCCUUAAAUAUCAUCGUCUUGGAAAGCAAGAAAGACAAGAUCCUGAGAUCCCUUUUGAGAAAUCUUCGCUUGUUCUGAGUGAUGUUUAUUUAACUGUUUCUGAGUCUCAGUAUUAUGAUGGCAUAAAGCUCCUUGAAACAUUUUCAAGAUAUAAGACACGCGUUGAUGUAUCCCAUCUGAGACCUGUAGUGCCAAUUUCACAGGAUCCUCAUGCAUGGUGGCAGUUUGCUAUGCUGGCUGGCUUACAGCAGAAAAAACUGUGCUACUGGUUCUCGUGGGAUAAAAUUAGACAUCUUUGCCAGCUCCGUCGACGUUAUGUACAAUUGUAUGUAAAUGUUUUGCAACAAUCACCCGAUGUUGAUAUUUCUGAAAUUCGGCAGAUUGAGAGAAUUCUUGAUUCCAAAGUGAUUGUACUCUGGAGGUUGCUGGCACAUGCUAAGUUUGGAUAUGUGAAGUCAAAAGAAGCAUCAGAACAGAAAGAAUCUUUCAAGAGAGGCUGGUGGUCAUUCCGAUGGCGCACUUCUGGAGAGUCUUCUGUAGCAAGUAAAUCGAAUGAAUCACAGUUGGCCGAAGAGGAAAAGUUGACCAAGGAGGAAUGGCAAGCGAUAAAUGAAAUGUUGAGCUACCAGCCUGAUGAGGACACAAGCUCCAUUUUAGGAAAGGAUGUCCAGAGUAUGAUACAGUACCUCGUGGAAGUAUCCAUUGGGAAGGCUGCUGCUCGAAUCAUCAAUAUCAAUGAGACAGAGAUUGUUUGUGGUAGAUUUGAACAACUUUAUGUCACCACCAAGCUGUAUCCUAAAAGCAUUCACUGUAAUGUGUCCUUGAAGUGUUGUGGCUUAUCGUCUCCUGAAGGGUCACUUGCGGAGAGCAUGAUCAGUGAAAGGAAGGCUAAUGCUCUUGAUGCUAGUUUUAUACAUGCACCUGUUGGUGAGGAUGUAGAGUGGCGGCUUACAGCAACUAUUGCUCCAUGCCAUGUAACGAUCUUGAUGGAGAGCUAUGAGCGGUUUUUGGAAUUUGUGAACAGGAGUAACGCUAUUAGCCCCACAGUUGCUAUGGAGACUGCUACUGCUUUACAGAUGAAGCUAGAACAGGUGACUCGAAGAGCCCAAGAACAAUUUCACAUGGUACUGGAAGAGCGAAGCAGAUUUGCACUUGAUAUUGAUUUUGAUGCUCCAAAAGUUAGGGUUCCUCUGAAUCAUAGUGCGUCUAUAGUGAAAGGUAGCUUGUUUCUGCUGGAUUUUGGGCAUUUUACAUUGCGUACCCGGGACGCGUUACGUGGUGAAAGGCAGGGUUUAUACUCUCGCUUUUAUAUAUCAGGAAGAGACAUGGCUGCUUUUUUUAUAGAUGACUUUUCCAAAGAGAAGGAUCUCACUACUAUGAAUGAUAUGAGUCAAACUUCGACAUCACCUACUUCGGAGGACAUCUAUCCGUUUUAUUCUAUUCUUGAUCGUUGUGGCAUGUCAGUUGUUGUUGAUCAGAUCAAAGUACCCCAUCCAAACUAUCCAUCAACCAGGGUUUCUAUUCAAGUUCCCAACCUUGGUAUUCAUUUUUCUCCAGAAAGAUAUUGCAGAAUAACGGAACUCUUAGACAUAUUCUAUGGCUUGAGUAAAAGCAAUGAGCAGAACCUUAGUGGACAGCUGCAAACUGGUCAUUCACCUUGGCAUCCUGUUGAUCUAGCAACUGAUGCUAGAACUCUAGUUUGGCGGGGGCUUGGAAAUUCUUUGGCUGAGUGGCAUCCUUGUUAUAUUGUUUUAUCUGGUUUGUAUCUUUAUGUUUUAGAAUCUGAAGUUUCUCACAACUAUCAAAAAUGUUUCCGCAUGGCUGGCCGACAGGUACUUGAAGUUCCACCAGCAAGUGUUGGGGGGUCAGCUUAUGCUGUUGCUGUUAGCUUCAGGGGAGUUGAUACUCAGAAGGCACUGGAAUCAACUAAUACUCUGAUUAUUGAAUUUCAUGAUGAAGAAUCAAAGGCUACCUGGCUGAAAGAACUUGUUCAAGCAACCUAUCGUGCUUCUGCUCCUCUUGCAAUGGACAUAUUUGGAGAAUCAGUCAAUAAUAGUUCAUCACAAUCUAGUGAAGAUCUUUUUAGUAUUCCAGGGUCAUCAGAUCUUAUUAUCAAUGGCACAUUGAUUGAAACUAAGUUGUCUAUAUAUGGAAAAUUGGAUAGAAAUUCUAAUACUGCAGAGGGUCCAAUCAUAGAAUUGAUUGCUAGUGGAGGAAAGGUGAACUUUACUCGAUCUGCAAGUGACCUGAUCGUGAAAAUGAAGCUGCAUUCUUUGAAGAUUAAAGAUGAACUUCAAGGUUGUCUGUCAAAUUUUCCAGAAUAUCUAGUGUGUUCUGUGAUGAGCGAUAAAUUAAAAGCUCGGAAAUCUGAUACAUUAGAUGUCAGUGAAACAAUUUUUGAACCUUUUUCCCUGGAAGAAGAUGAUUGCUUUACAGAUGCAUUGCCUGAUUUCCUUUCUACUCCUGAUCAGAGCUCUUGUUCAAACUACAUUGACCUGGCAAGCAAUUUAGGGCCUGGUGCUGAUCAUUUUGAGAAUCAUGCUGGAGUCAACCAUAAUGAUCCUUCAGAUCAUGAUAAAGACCACGUGAAUGGGAAGGCUGCUGAGAUAUUUUAUGAAGCACAAGACAGUAAUAUAUCUGAUUUUGUGGCCAUUACAUUUUUGACUAGGUAUCCCGAUUCACGUCUGUAUGUUGGUAUUGACACUCAGAUGAUUAUCCGAAUGUCUGCUUUAGAAUUUUUCUGCAACAGGCCGACACUUGUUGCUUUGAUCGAAUUUGGCUUUGACCUGAGCAUGGUUAAUUAUAGAGAAAGCUCCGAAAAUUGUACUGAUGUUGCAACACCCAACACAAAAUGCACUGAGAAGAAGGAAGAAAACUGUCGGACUCUAGUUAAAGGAUUGCUUGGUCAUGGAAAGAGUCGGGUAGUUUUCAAUCUGAUUAUGGAUGUUGACAGUUUCUGUGUGUUUCUUAACAAGGAGGAUGGUUCUCAACUUGCAAUGUUCAUACAAGAAAGUUUUCUGCUGGAUCUGAAGGUACAUCCAGGUUCUAUCUCCAUUGAUGGUACACUUGGAAAUACGAGGCUUCGCGAUAUGUCACUUGGCCCAGAUAGUCAAUGGAGCUGGCUUUGUGAUAUUCGUCACCAAGGGAUUGAGUCUCUUAUCAAGUUCACAUUCCACUCUUACAGUACUGAAGAUGACGAUUACCAAGGGCAUGAUUACAGCUUGAGUGGACGUCUUUCAGCAGUACGCAUUGUUUUUCUGUACCGUUUUGUUCAGGAGAUAACUUCAUAUUUUAUGGAGCUUGCUUCUCCGCACACUGAAGAAGCAAUUAAGCUUGUGGACAAGGUUGGGGGUUUUGAAUGGCUUAUUCAGAAAUAUGAGAUCGAUGGUGCAACUGCUGUUAAACUGGACCUAUCCUUGGACACUCCAAUAAUUAUUGUGCCCAUGAAUUCCAUGAGUAAUGAUUAUAUGCAACUAGAUCUUGGACAACUCCAAGUGAAGAACAGUUUUAGUUGGCAUGGUUGCAAGGAAAACAAUCCCUCAGCUAUACAUCUUGAUAUUCUUCAUGCUGAGAUUCAUGGAAUUAACAUGGCAGUUGGAGUUGGUGGAGUUUUAGGGAAACCUUUGAUACGAGAAGGUCAUGGUAUUCAUAUUGAGGUGCGACGAAGCUUGAGAGAUGUCUUCCGUAAAGUUCCAAACCUUUCUCUGAAAGUACAGAUUGGCUUACUGCAUGGUAUCAUGUCUGAUAAGGAAUACGCUAUCAUAAUAAACUGUAUUUACAUGAACAUUUCAGAAGUGCCUAAACUUCCCCCAAGUUUUCGUGACAAUUUAACUGGAAUGAAGGAGUCUAUUCGUAUGAUUGCUGAUAAAGUCAAUUUGAACAGUCAAAUCUUACUCUCUCGUACUGUGAUUAUUCUAGCUGUUGAGGUUCAUGAUGCUUUGUUGGAGCUACGCAAUGACCACGAAGAGGAAUCUCCUUUAGCUCGGAUAGCUUUAGAAGGUCUUUGGGUUUCAUAUAGGUCAACAUCCUUUUCUGAAGCGGACCUCUAUGUGACAAUUCCCAAAUUAUCUGUGCUGGAUAUACGUCCUGAUACAAAACCUGAAAUGCGACUGAUGCUUGGCUCUCACACGAAUAUAUAUAAGCCCGGUUUGCUUAAUCUUGGACCUGGUGGAACUGAUUUGAUAAUCCCAAAAGAUGGUGUGCCUGCCAAGAAUCUGGAAAGUGCAACUGAUACUGGUGCUUCAUACUUGACAAUGCUGAUAUUGGAUUAUCGAUGGCGUGCAUCUUUUCAAUCCAUUGUGAUCAGAAUUCAGCAACCACGUGUUCUUGUUGUUAUAGAUUUUCUUCUUGCAGUUGCUGAAUUUUUUGUGCCUAGUUUGGGUUCCAUUACAGGCAGGGAGGAGACUAUGAAUCCAAAGAACGACGCGCUGAUCAAUUCAGAUGACAUAAUACUUUCAGGAUCUCUUUACAUGCAGAGAGAUGAGGUUGUACACCUCUCGCCUAGAAGACAGUUAAUAGUAGAUGGUUGUGCUUCUAGUGAGUUCAUUUAUGAUGGUGGUGGAGGUACACUAUCUUUGAGUGAGGAAUAUGACAUAAAAGGACAGUCAUAUACUGGACCUAUUAUAAUAAUUGGACGUGGAAAGAGAUUGAGAUUCAGGAAUGUAAAGAUUGAGAAUGGUGCAUUGUUGAGAAAGUGUACGUACCUGAAUAAUGGUAGCAGCUAUUCAGUGUCUGCAGAUGAUGGGGUUGAGAUUUCUUUAUUGGAUAGUUUGACAUCUGAUAUAGCCAAGCUGGGUUCUGCUGAAACUCAACAAGGCCAACAGACAAAUGAUCCAAUUGCUGAUAUAAGUGCUACUUCAAGUCAAAUACUUAGUUUUACGUUUGAAGCUCAGAUUAUCUCUUCAGAAUUUACCUUCUAUGAUAGUUCAAAACUGUAUAAUGAUUCCUUGCAUGUUGAGAAGUUACUCCGUGCAAAGAUGGACUUAAGUUUCAUGUAUGCUUCAAAAGAAAAUGACACAUGGGUUCGGUCCCUCGUGAAAGAUCUCGCUGUUGAAGCCGGUUCAGGUCUUGUUGUUCUAGCACCAGUUGAUAUUUCAGGAGGAUAUACCUCUGUCAAGGAGAAGACAAAUAUAUCCAUCACAUCUACAGAUAUAUGCAUCCACCUGUCUCUUAGUGUUGCUUCUCUCUUACUUAAAUUGCAAAACGAGGCUCUUGCUGCAUUGCAAUUUGGUAAUGUUAAUCCUUUGGCUUCUUGUACCAACUUCAAACAAAUAUGGGCAUCACCAAAAGGAGACCUUCCUGGAUACAAUCUCACAUUUUGGAGGCCCCAAGCUCCUCCUAAUUAUUCUAUUCUGGGUGAUUGUGUAACAUCAAGGUCCAUUCCUCCGUCGCAAGUUGUACUUGCAGUGAGCAAUACCUACGGUCGGGUCCGGAAACCACUUGGCUUCAAGUUCAUUGGCUUGAUCUCUAAUAUUCUGGCAUUGGGAGAUGUAACCAAGCUGAAUAAUGAUUCUGACUGCUCAAUCUGGAUGCCAAUUCCACCUCCAGGCUAUUCAGCAGUAGGAUGUGUAGCACAUCCUGGGAGCCAGCCUCCUCCAAACCACAUUGUACACUGCCUUCGUGCUGAUCUUUUGACAUCUACCAACUUUUGUGGCUGCAUGUGCUUUAUUCCGCCAAAUUCUGGGGUUCCUUCUGGAUUUAGCAUCUGGCGUGUUGAUAAUGUUGUUGGUUCAUUUUAUGCACAUAAUUCAGUGGACAGUCCUCCUCAGGUAGAAAGUUUCAAUUUGCACCAGAUUCUUCUGCGGAAUCCUGAUGAUAUCAGCUCAAAGGAAACAACAGAAAACAAGCUACACUAUGAACAAGGUGGUAGCAGUAAUAGUUCUUCUGGAUGGGAUAUUUUGAGAUCUUUAUCUGGAGCUGCUGCUUAUUGUUUAUCUACUCCACACUUUGAAAGAAUUUGGUGGGAUAAAGGAUGUGAUACAAGAAGGCCAAUUUCAAUAUGGCGGCCAGUAAGACGUCCAGGUUUCAGUGCACUUGGUGAUUGUGUGACAGAAGGUUUAGAACCACCAGCGUUGGGGUUAGUUUUCAAGUGUGAUUAUCCAGCAAUAUCUGCAAGGCCUGUGCAAUUCACUAAAGUUGCACAUGUUAUUGGAAAAGGACUUGAUGAAGCAUUUUUCUGGUAUCCAACUCCUCCUCCUGGUUAUGCUUCAUUUGGAUGCAUAGUGACAACAACUGAUGAAUCGCCAAAGAAGGAUCUUGUCUGCUGUCCCAGAUUGGACCUUGUUAGCCAAGCAAAUGUUGCUGUUGAACCCAUUUCUAGGUCAUCCACUUCGAAGGGCUCAAACUGCUGGAGUAUCUGGAAAGUUGAAAAUCAGGCCUGCACUUUUCUUGCACGUUCUGAUCUCAAAACACCAUCAACCCGCUUGGCAUACAAAAUUAGUGAUUAUGUCAAACCUAAAGCUCGUGAAAAUGUUGCUGCUGAGUUGAAGUUGGGACUUCUUUCAGUUAGUGUUUCGGACAACUUUUGUGGAACAAUGACGCCACUUGUUGAUGCGACAGUGACCAACAUGAAUCUUGCUACGCAUGGGCGUCUCGAGGCAAUGAAUGCUGUACUGAUUUGUUCAAUUGCUGCAUCCACAUUCAAUAGGCAAAUAGAAGCAUGGGAACCUCUAAUUGAACCAUUUGAUGCAAUAUUGAAGUUGGAAACAUAUUAUACAAGCAAAAACUCUCAAUCAAAGGUUGGCAAGCAGAUUCGAUUUUCUGCAACAACUUCUCUAAAUCUUAAUGUUAGUGCUGCAAAUCUCGAAACCCUGACAGAAACUAUUGUGUCAUGGGGUAGGCAAAAUGAUGUGGAGCACAAAUCAUCAAAAAAGGAAGAUGAUGAAAAUUUUGCUCAAUAUGAUGAGUUAAUCUCCUCUGCGUUGGAUGAUGAUGAUGUUCAGAAAGUGAUUCUUGAAAACCAACUUGGAUGUGAUGUUUAUCUGAGAGUUUUUGAGCAGAACUCAAACUCAGAGAUUACCAAGUUCUUACAGCAUGACAAGGAAGUGUCAAUGUCCUUGCCACCUCCAAGGUUUUUAGAUAAGCUAAAUGUAGUAACCAAAUCCAGAGAAUCACGCUACUAUGUUGCCAUACAAAUUCUUGAUUCUAAGGGGCUUAUUAUUGUGGAUGAUGGCAAUAGCCAUGAAUACUUUUGUGCUUUACGAUUGUUGAUUGAGGGUAAGGUUUCGGAACAGUAUAAGCUUUUUCCACAGAGUGCAAGGACAAGAUGUGUAAGCCCAUUGAUUUCGGGAAAUGGCUUAGCUGAGGGAUCUGCCAAGUGGAAUGAACUUUUUAUAUUUGAAGUUCCAGAGAAGGGAAUGGCUAAUCUUGAAGUUGAGGUUACAAAUCUUGCUUCGAAAGCUGGGAAAGGUGAAGUCAUAGGGGCACUUUGUAUUCCAGUCAGUAGCAGUGCAAGCAUGCUGAAACGUGCUGCUUCAAUAAAAAUGCUACAGCAAGCAGCUAAGUUUCAAGAGUUCUCAUCCUAUCCUCUUAGGUGCAAGGGACCGAUAGUCAGAAAUGAGGAAAGCAAAGACUGUGGUGCUCUUGUAAUUUCCAUUUCAUAUAUUGAUCAAAAUACUGAAAAGAACUUUGAAAUUACUGACAGAACAGUACCUGCCAAUAGAGAUGUUGGUUUUUGGGUUGGCCUUGGCCCUGAUGGCCCGUGGGAGAACUUCAGUUCGGUUCUUCCACUAUCAGCUGUUGUUCCAAAAUUACUUAAUAAACAAGCUAUGGCCUUUGAAGUUAUCAUGAGGAAUAGCAAGAAGCAUGCUAUUCUUAGAUCUCUUGCUCUUCUUGUCAAUGAUGCUGAUAUCAAGCUUGAAGUGUCUUUAUUCUCUUCUAUAUCACUUAUCAGUCCUGUCUUGAACACAGGAACUAGCAGUUCUGUCACUGUGACAGAAGAGGUCUUUGAAAAUCAGAGAUAUCAACCAAUUUCUGGCAAGUCAUCCAGUACUUGUGCUAAUGAUCCUGCACGCUGGAGUACCAGGGACUAUUCAUAUUCAUCUAAGGACUUCUUUGAGCCUGCUCUUCCCACUGGUUGGAGGUGGACUUCGGCUUGGAAAAUUGAUAAGUCUCAGUUUUUGGACUCUGAUGGGUGGGCAUAUGGAACUGACUUUCAGGGUUUUAACUGGCCUCCAAAUUCUUCUAAACCAUCUUCUAGGUCAGCUUUUGACUUUGUGCGAAGAAGGCGAUGGACACGUACAAGGGAACAGUUGCCUGUGGAAAACGUAGAUAAUAGGAGGAAUGUAAUUGCUGUUCUUAGUCCAGGAUCAUCCACUUAUUUACCAUGGACAAGUAUGACUAAGGAUAGGGACUUGUGCUUGCAAGUUCGUCCUUUUUCAGAAAGUUCUCAUGAAUCUUACACCUGGAGCCAGAUGUUCACCCUUGGUUCCAGAAAGGAGCAGCCUGUCAACGUCCAACCUCAACUUUCUAGGCAAAGUACCUCUAAAUGUUUAGAUUUUACGUCACAGAAUUAUGUUCUUAGAUUGAAUCAGCUUGAGAAGAAGGACCUUCUUUCAUAUUGUACUCCAAGCAAUAGUGCUCAGCGGUGUUUCUGGCUUAGUGUUGGGACUGAUGCCACAGUUCUUCACACACAAUUGAAUGCUCCUGUUUAUGAUUGGAAAAUAUCUCUUAAUUCAGCUCUCAGAUUGGAAAAUAAGCUUCCGAGCGAAACUGAAUAUGCUGUUUGGGAGAAAACAUUUGAUGGGAAAAUGAUUGAACGGCAGCAUGGUGUUAUCUUACCAGGUGAAAGUGCUUCUGUCUAUUCAGCAGAUAUUCGGAAACCUAUUUACUUCACAAUGUUUGUUCAAGGUGGCUGGGUUUUGGAAAAGGAUGCUGUUCUAAUUUUGGAUUUACUAGGCCUUGAUCAUGCUUCUUCGUUUUGGAUGCUCCAGCAACAAACUAACAGGAGGUUGCGGGUGAGUGUUGAGCAUGAUCUGGGGGGAACUGAUGCUUCUCCAAAAACAAUAAGAUUUUUCGUACCUUACUGGAUUCAGAAUGAUUCAUCAGUGCCACUUUCAUAUCGCAUUGUAGAGGUGGAACCAGUGGACAGCUCCGAUGCUGAUUCUCUAUUAAUUUCUAGAGCAGUUAAAUCUGCAAAGUUUUCCAUGAGAAGCUCCUCAAAGUCUUUUGAUAGAAGAAAUUCUAAUACAAGGAGAAACAUUCAGAUAUAUGAUGUUAUCGAGGAUAUUAGUUCAAAAUUCGUUAUGUUCUCUCCACAGGAUUUUAUGAACCGUAGUGGCAGUAUGUCGUUUCAGUCUCGUGGCAGCAGUACUUGUACCUCACGAGUAGGAAUAUCUAUUGCUGUCAGCCACUGUGAUAAGUACAGUCUUGGAAUCUCUCUUCUUGAGCUUGAAAGCAAGGAGCGGGUUGAUUUUAAUGCAUUUGCUUCUGAUGGAUCAUAUUACAGGUUAUCAGCACAACUUAAGAUGGCUUCUGACAGAACCAAGGUUGUCCAUAUCCUGCCACGGACUCUAUUUAUCAACAGGAUCGGACACAGCAUAUGUUUGUCUCAGUGUAACUCUGAAAGAGAAAAUUGGGUUCAUCCAACUGAUCCUCCAAAGCUAUUUAAAUGGGAUUCGAAUGCUAGAAAUGAGUUGUUGAGGAUACGACUUGAUGAAUACAAGUGGAGUACGCCGUUUAGCAUUGAAAAUGAUGGUAUGAUGUGUGUUUUCCUAAAGGAUGAUCUGGGAAAUGAUCUGAUUUUUCUGAGAGUAGAAGUAAGAGGGGGAACAAAAAGUUCUCGCUAUGAAGUUGUUUUCCAUCUUGCCACUUUAACAAGCCCUUACAGGAUUGAAAACCGCUCAAUGUUCUUACCUGUGCGUGUUCGCCAAGCGGAUGGUACUGAUGAUUCCUGGCAAAGUCUUCCUCCUAAUUCUGCUGCUUCAUUUUUCUGGCAAGAUCUUGGUAGACUACGGCUAUUAGAGGUCUUAGUUGACGGAAUGGACCCCUUGAGAUCUGCUAGAUAUAACAUUGAUGAGGUUAUGGAGAGUCAUCCUAUGCUGGAAUCUAGUGGACCUAUUAAAGCUUUGCAAGUUACCGUUCAUAAAGAGGGGAAGAUGCACAUUACUCGAAUCAGUGAUUGGAUGCCAGAAAAUGAAACCCAGGAAUAUGUACAUGAGAGAGAUCAAUUACAUGCACCUUCACCGCAGAUUGACUACAAGGAACCAUCUUCUACCUUGGAUAGUGAAUUCCAUGUUACUUUUGAACUAACAGAGCUGGGGCUGUCCUUAAUAGACCAUAUGCCUGAGGAGGUUCUGUAUCUAUCUGUGCAGAAUCUUCUCAUUUGUUAUUCGUCUGGGCUGGGUUCUGGAGUCAGCAGAUUCAAAUUACGAAUGGAUGAGAUUCAAGUGGAUAAUCAAUUGCCUUUGAGCCCAAUGCCAGUUCUGUUCAGAUUACAGAGAGUUGGUGAACAGACAGACUUUGUUCUGAAGUUCUCUAUGACCAUGCAAACUAAUAAUUCCUUAGACUUUUGCGUAUACCCAUAUAUCGGUCUGCAGGUUCCUGAUAAUUCUGCAUUUUUGGUUAAUAUUCAUGAACCAAUUAUUUGGCGCCUUCAUGAGAUGUUCCAACAAGUGAAGAUUGACAGGAUAUCAAGCUCUUCAACUGCUGUGUCAGUUGAUCCAAUAAUAAAAAUUGGGCUUCUUAACAUAUCUGAAAUCCGAUUUAAAGUAUCAAUGGCUAUGUCACCCGCUCAACGACCAAGAGGUGUUCUUGGGUUUUGGUCAUCUUUGAUGACUGCACUUGGUAACAUGGAACACAUGCCGGUGCGCAUCCCUCAUAGAUACCGUGAAGAAGUUUGCAUGCGUCAAAGUGCUCUUACGAGUACUGCAGUAACUAAUAUACAAAAAGAUCUUCUUACUCAACCUCUUCAGUUGCUUUCUGGGGUUGAUAUUCUUGGAAACGCCAGUAGUGCACUUAGUAAUAUGAGUAAAGGUGUUGCUGCUUUAUCCAUGGACAAGAAAUUUAUUCAAAGCCGACAAAAACAGGAUAGCAAAGGUGUUGAAGAUAUUGGUGAUGUAAUUAGAGAAGGAGGUGGAGCUCUUGCAAAGGGCCUCUUUAGAGGUGUGACAGGCAUAUUAACAAAGCCUCUAGAAGGUGCAAAAACUUCAGGUGUUGAAGGCUUUGUUCAGGGUGUAGGUAAAGGUUUAAUUGGUGCUGCAACUCAACCUGUGAGUGGUGUCCUUGAUCUUUUAUCGAAAACUACAGAAGGUGCCAAUGCUGUAAGAAUGAAGAUUUCAUCAGCUAUCAUGUCAGAAGAGCAAUUGCUCCGAAAACGUCUACCCCGAGCAAUUGGGGGAGAUAAUUUGCUCCGCCCUUAUGAUGAAUAUAAAGCACAAGGACAGGCUAUCUUGCAAUUUGCUGAAUGUGGUACAUUUUUUGGCCAAGUUGAUCUCUUUAAAGUCAGAGGGAAAUUUGCAUUAUCUGAUGCUUAUGAAGACCAUUUUAUGCUUCCAAAAGGAAAGAUUCUUUUAGUCACUCAUCGGAGAGUAUUGUUACUUCAGCAACCAACAAAUAUCAUGGGGCAAAGGAAAUUCAAUCCAGCAAGAGAUGCUUGUACAGUAUUGUGGGAUGUCCUGUGGGAUGAUUUGGUGACAAUGGAGCUGACACGUGGAAAGAAAGAUCAACAAGGAUCACUACCUUCACGUCUCAUCUUAUAUCUGCAUAUGAGGUCGGCUGAGUCAAAUACCAUUCGUGUGAUUAAGUGUUGCCGUGGAUCUGAACAAGCUAGUGAUAUUUAUUCAUCCAUUCAACAAGCAUUAAACACAUACGGUCCUUAUGCGUCAAAGGACGGACAGAGAAGAAAGGUGCCACAACCAUAUAGCCCACGCAAAACAGUUUUUCCGGCUGAAGUAUUUGCUAAAGAAACUUUUCAGAGUUCAGUAAUGGAUGAUGAUGAAGUGUCUGUUACUGUGCAUUCUGAUUUUGGUGCUAUAUUUGCUCAAGCACAAUCUGAGCAAGAACACCUUCUUUGAGACCAUAUAGAGUGAGUAUAAGCAACAUUCUCAUACUGAGUCUGGUGGAAGUUCAUAGCUUGACUUCAUGAUUAGCCCAAAACUCGGUGCUGAAGUUGCUCUAGCCAUCUUCUGCUCCUGCUAAAAGAUGGUCUCAAAGUUGCAUCAGCCGAUGACUUGGUAAUAUCACUGCAUCUCGAUCAUGGAUGUAUCCAAAAUUUUGUGAUACUGUAUAUUUAGCGAUAGUUUUCGCAUUCUUUUUCUGUAUAUAUGCACAGUUCUUCUACAGUUUAUUUGAAUAUCGUAAUUAAUUGUGUUCUGAGCAAAGAUUCACACAUUCCAUGUUUA